AAUGAUGAUGCCGUCCUCCUGACCUUUAUGAAGUUAUACCAUGACGUCACAUUUUCGCUAUUGCCAGUACUGUUCGGUGUGCGCCGUACCACAAUCUCCAACAUCUUUAAAGAGUCUGUUGUGAUUCUUUCAAGCAUACUUGGACAUGCAAAUUUCUGGCCCGAAAAAGAUGUCGUGGUCAGCUGCCUCGAAACCUACUUCCGCGAGUACAAAGACACAAGGAUGGUGCUUGAUUGCACAGAAGUAGACAUCGAGCGACCGAAGGACCUAAUAUCGAGGCUGCUGACCUACAGUCACUACAAGCGGACAUACACAGCGAAGGUUCUCGUGAGUGAGACGCCAGGUGGCUUGAUUAGUUAUGGGAGCCCAGCGUAUGGUGGGAAAGCAUCCGACACCCAUAUCACAAAACACUGCCAGCUACUUCACAAGUGUACCCCACACGUCGACAGCGUCAUGGUCGACAAAGGCUUUCUCAUCAAUGAACUCUGUAAAGAGAAAAAUAUCAAAAUGGUCAGACCCCCUUUUCUGAUGGAAAAGCAGCUCACAGCAGAUGAAGCGAGGGCUAAUCAGUCGAUUGCAAGUGCCCGUGUGCAUGUGGAAAGAGCUAUACAAAGAAUAAAGCUCUACCGUAUUUUGAAAAGCCGAUUCGACCUGGAUCUUGUACCAUACAUUGACAUGAUUUUUACUGUAAUCACAGGCACAGUGAACCUCUCCAAGCCCUUGUUUAGCGAAAACAAGUUUCUAUUCAAGGGUGGUCAUAAUAGGCUCGCCUGUUAA